AUGGAUCGUCUAAAUCGGAUGCUUCAUGCCGCCCAAGGUAUGGGUAUGGGCAUGGGAGGUGCUCCUGGUGGUGACACGCCCAACCUGAUCGAUAACGCCGAAACUGUCCACAUCUCGUCCCUAGCGCUGCUGAAGAUGUUAAGACAUGGUCGGGCAGGCGUGCCCAUGGAAGUUAUGGGUCUGAUGCUGGGCGAAUUCGUGGAUGAAUACACUGUUCAGGUGGUGGAUGUUUUUGCUAUGCCUCAAAGUGGUACUGGUGUCAGUGUUGAAGCCGUGGACCCUGUCUUCCAGACCAAGAUGAUGGAAAUGCUGCGACAAACUGGACGACCGGAAAGCGUCGUCGGCUGGUAUCACUCUCACCCUGGUUUCGGAUGCUGGCUCUCCUCCGUCGAUGUCAACACCCAGCAAUCGUUCGAACAGCUCACACCUCGUGCCGUCGCUGUUGUGGUUGACCCCAUCCAGUCCGUUAAGGGCAAGGUCGUUAUCGACGCCUUCCGUCUCAUUCAACCUCAGACCGUUGUCAUGGGCCAGGAGCCCCGGCAAACAACAUCCAAUUUGGGCCACUUGAACAAGCCAUCCAUCCAGGCCCUCAUUCACGGCCUGAACCGACACUACUACAGCAUUGGCAUUAACUAUCGCAAGACGGGGCUUGAGGAGAACAUGUUGAUGAACCUGCACAAGCAAGUAUGGACCGAGGCAUUGCAGAUGAACGACUUCCACGACGAAUGCCAGCACAAUGUUGAACGUAUGAAGCAAUUGGUUGGCCUUGCUGAGGGUUAUGAGAAGCGGGUUAAGGAGGAAACAGAAUUGAGCAAGGACCAACUCAAGACGCGAUACGUUGGAAAGGUUGAUCCUAAGAAGCAUAUCGAGGAUGUCAGCCAGCAACUGAUCGAAGAUAACAUCGUUGCGGUCUCGAGGCAGAUGAUUGACAAGGAAGCUUCCGUGGCACGGCCGUCGGAAGCCAAGGGAGCUCAGAAUGGCGCUGCCAUGGAGGUGGAUGACGAGCUAUAG